AUGGCGCAGGCUCCGAAUGCUCGUUGGUUCAUCAAUCGUCUUCUAAGCUACCACAACUUAUCCCCCGAGCUGGAGUAUAAACUCUAUGGCCCAGUCAAUGCGCUUCUGUCGAGCAUUUUCCCUCCUUCCAGAGGUUAUUUAGUCAAACCACAAGCCAUUCUUCGAUCUCAUGUCCCAGUGGUAUCGUCUACGGUACUUCCACCUGGAACAGGGGGUCAUCCCGAUGCUGUUCGGCAGUCGGCACGUAUUGCUGCAUUGCCUGGGCCUGUGCAUGGCCACAGCACGCAGCUCUCGGUGGAUUCGAGGACUUCGAUUGAUUCAUACGGCGAUCCCACUACGUUGCGAGAGCGACGAUCCCCUCUUCCAUCCCCAAUUCAAGUUCCGGACUUCAUUGUCGCCAAAGCUAGUGAUUAUACUGGUGCACAGUUCGAUUCCAUUGUUGUGCUCCUAGAGGUGAAGACGAGCGAGCUCGGGAGAAAUGCAUACGUAGGUCAGGUGAUCUCCUACCUAGACACUCUACAGACGAAAGAAUAUGUGGACGGUUUUGUCGCAUAUCUGACCCUGGGGGAAAACACCGUAGUUUGGAGGACAGAGAUAACUGGUACGGAUCGGAUACAAGUCCAAGAACCAAGGGAGAUCAGAACUGGUAGUAGGCUCUUCAUGGAACGUCUUGAAGCACUGGCCCGAUGA